GCUCGUGACAGAUAAGAGGGCUUCAGUGAUGAGGAAAAGCUCAAAGUUUAAUAUUGUUGAAAAGUUCAGAUCGAUGACCUCUUGAUUUAGUCAACUGAUCAAGUCUAAAGUUUGAUGAUAAUGUCGGUGAAUAUGGUGUCUGACAUCAGUCCAGCAGGGGGAAUAGGAGAGCCACAUACCACCACAGUGGGAGGGAGUAAACCCCUGCACCGCUUCAUCCGAGGGGAGCCCAAGAGUAUUGGGAUUGUAAUGCUGUUCAUGGGCUCAUCACUCUUCAUCUUGGCGAUUCCCAUGAGAAUGGAUCCACUGGAGUCCUCUGCGGACAAUUUCACCUCUUUUUGGCUAGGAAUCCUGUUCAUCAUCUGUGGGCUGUUAUACGUGCUCACAGAGAAGAAUACUUCAAAACAAUUGGUGACAGCAAGCCUGGCCCUUAGUAUCAUCUCUAUAUUGGGGGUCACAGUGGCUUUCUUUGAAUUCCUUAAAGCCAUCCUGAGCUUGAAGUAUCACCAUUACUACUUUUAUCAUUCCUACUAUGAUGACAACAUCACAGACUCUGCCGGAGUUGUUGUCCCCUGGCGUAAACGACAUCUGGACCAGUUAUUCAGCCUUGAGGCUGUAUUCAUGUAUCAGAGCUUAGUGGGCAUGGUGCUCCUAAUACUGAUGACAGCAUUUGCCAGGGCUGCCUUGCAGUCCAGUAAGACACAGGCAAUUGUGGUAAUGAACAAUCUACCAUCAGCAGACUGAAUGAAAGAAAGAAAGCCUUUUAUGACUGUCUCUGCCAUGAUGGAUGGAUAGAAAACUUGGAUUCAUUGAUAUACAAUAAAUGUAAUUCAAUGUGUAGAACAUUUCUUUAAAUCCACAUAUGGAAAUUGUCUAUGUAUACAAGACACUUUUCAUUUCCAUUUUGAAAUAAAUGUAACAUCAAUUGUUCAAUCAAAUGUAUUCAUAAAGCCCUUUUUACAUCAGCAGUCACAAGGUGCUGUACAGAAACCCAGCCAAAACCCCAAACAGCAAGCAAUGCAGAUGUAGAAGAAAUGAUCUAACAGUGUAAGAAAAUAGACAAUGUAUUUUCUAAACAUACUCCACUUCCAAAAUAAAAUAACACAUCCACAUAAUACAAUAGAAAAUGAACAUGGUCAUUAUAUGCCACUCACAGCAUUGUAAUUUCAUGGAACACUGUUGACUUGUUUACUCAUUAUUGAAAAAUCACUUUUGCUCAAGACACUUCUUAUGAGUAAAGCACUCAGUUCAGUGCAUAUAAAUGUCCACUAGACAUUUGUUUUGUUCGUCUUGAUGGUCCCAAAUAUCGUUGCUUUUCUCUUAUGCCAGAAACAAGAGCCAGAGAGCUCUCUGGCAGUGUUUUUUAGGUUUCUACAAAGGAGGUCACAUCACUCUACACAAUUUAUAAUGCCUCAUUGCCUCCUUUAGAUAUGUGGUUUACAAAGAUGGUCACUCGUACAGUAUAAGAGCACUUGAAACAGAGUUUAAGAGAAAUCCAUCUUAAUGAUUUAUGGUUCAUUUUCAGACAAUCUAUGAAAAUAUCAUACAAAUCUGAGUCGUCUCCACUUCAUAAAACGUCAUGGCAUAAUAGACUAAUGCCAAAAAGAGCUUUCCCAAAUAGUUUUCAAAGUGAGAGAGAACAACUUAAAGCAUUUCCUUUUCAUCAAAUGGCUGGUAGCACAGACUAUCAUACCAAAAGUGUUUUAUUCUUACACGAUUUAAAUAAUUAAUAGAUGGAUUAUUUACCUGCAACAGAGCAGUCUGACUCAGAUGAUGUGUCCAGUUGGGUCCUUAAUAAAGUUGGCUGUAGUUCCUCCAUUUGCAAAUAAGUAGCAGCAGAAGCAGAGAAAAUAGAUUAAUCCUGAUCUGGUAGGGGUAGUGCCCCAAUGUAGAUCAAUACCAACAGAGACCCCACAAUUUCAGUGGAAGGGAAUGGAAACUGCAAGUCCAGCAGUACACCUUUACUAGGGAAAAGGGAAGCCAGGACGGGACUAUAAACUGUCAGGACAUUUUGUGGGCCAGAUAGAGUUUACCCUGGUUCAGAUGUUCUUGAAUCACACAGUCACAGAAUUUCCGCUCUAUUCUCUGAAAAAUGUGUUUCCUCAGCAGGGCCACAUCAUGGGCACUGGCCACUGAUUGAUAUGCUUUCAUCUAGGUAACAGAUUGUUUUAAUUACUUGUUUUAAUCUAACUCUUUAGAGUGUGGAGUAUUUUUGUUCAAUGUGUGUGAAGAGUUCUGUAUGCUAGCUAGACCAUUGCAAAUAUUAUGACAAUAUUAUGACAAUAUAAAAUAUUUGUCAAGGAUUCUAGAGGGCUUCUGUGUGACAAUAAACAACUUUUCAAACCUGUA